CCACGCGCCGACCCAGGAAUACCACCCCCAGAGGGGCGGGGCUGAGCUGAAGGGGGGGGGGGGCACGUUAGCUGGUUGUCUUUUCCUGAACUCAAUCAGUUUGCCUCCCCCCUUCCUUUCACUUUGUUUUUUUAAAUUAUUUUUGGGCGUUGAUGCGGUGCUCAGUUGGUAACCCUUCCCUGUAAUUCCUCUGCUCGGAUAACUGUAUAAAUUCCGGGAUCUGACCAUUGAAGAGCUGAAGAGCGUAAAUGAAUUGUACCCAAACACUACAUUCUCUAUGAACGCCUAUACUUUUAAGGAUGGGUCCCAGAAAGAUCUUCUGAAUCUUAGUGGCACUGUUCCAGUGAAAUAUCAGGGUAAUUGUUAUAAUAUUCCAAUUCACUUGUGGAUUUUAGAUUCUCAUCCUUUUACACCUCCAAUUUGCUUUUUGAAGCCCACUGCAAACAUGGGAAUUUCAGUGGGAAAGCACGUAGAUGCACGUGGAAGGAUAUACUUGCCAUAUCUACAAAACUGGAGCCAUCCUCAGUCAAUGAUUAUAGGAUUAUUAAAAGAAAUGACUGCCAAAUUUGAAGAGGAGCUCCCCCUGUACUCAUUAUCAUCUUCUGAUGCAGCCAGACAAAUGGAACUGUUGUCCUAUAUUGCGAAGUUCACUGAAGGUGAAAACAAUACACAGUCAAAGAGUAAGAGAGACGAGGAGAAAAGCAGUGGAAGAUUUAAUAAAGUGACCAUUAUUGGAGCAGGAGAUCUGGGUCUUGCUUGUAUACUAGCUAUUUCUGCAAAGGGCGUUGCUGACAAGGUGGUUGUCUUGGACUGUUCAGAAAGUACAAUAAAAGGAGGAACAAUGGAUUUAGAAAUUUUUGCCCUCCCAAAUGUGGAAAUCAGCAGAGAUUUUUCUGCCACAGUAGAUUCCAAAGUGGUGGUGCUUACAGUUAAUCAUUUAGGCAAUGCUCAGUCUUAUCUGGAUGUUGUGCAGAACAAUGUGGAUCUGUUCAGAGGCAUCAUACCAUCAGUAUCACACUAUAGUCAAAAUAGUAUAUUGCUUGUGGCAUCCCAUCCAGUGGAAAUAAUGACAUAUGUAACAUGGAAGAUGAGUGGAUUUGCCAAAAGCAGAGUUAUUGGGAUUGGUUGCAAUCUGGAUUCAGCAAGAUUUCAAUAUAUUUUUGCAAACCUGUUAAAAUCACAGUCCAGAGCUGAAGAUACUUGGAUUAUUGGUGAACAAGGAGAAAACAAAGUGCCAGCAUGGAUUGCUUCUACUUCAGGGACAAGUCAUCACAGUGAAGAUUUAACCAAUCGUAAUGCCCAGCAGCUAUUGACUAAAAGAGCCAUGGAAGUUCUGAAAGGAAAAGGCCAAAGAUCAUGGUCUGUUGGUCUGUCAAUAGCUGAUCUGAUUGAUAGUAUUGUGAAUGAUAAAAGGAAAGUACACUCCUUAUCAACUCUAGUAAAGGGGUGUUACAAUAUUAAUUGUGAAGUAUUUUUAAGUAUGCCUUGUGUACUUGGUAUCAAUGGAAUAACUGAAGUUAUCAAACCACCAGAUGAGGAUAAUAUGGCAGAGAAACUACAGUCCAGUGCUGCAUCAAUUCAUGAUCUUCAAGAACAACUGAAACUUUGAACAUUUUCCAGUCCUUGUAUUCGUUCCUAAAUAUUUGAAAGCUGCAAAAAAGGCAACAGUGUUUUCAGAAUACUGAAUGUUAGAUCAGCUCUUGCUAUCACAACCAAAAUAAUUAGAAGAUAAUGGAAAUACUGUCUUUGCACUAUACUUUUGUAACCGAUAACCUACCAGAUAAGAUUUCCUAUUUUGAACUCUGAAUUUUCCACUCUUUGGUCACGAUGCUGCACAAUGAUGACUUGCAGCAAUAAGGCACUGCCUUUCCUGCAUACAUACACAGAAAUACACAUUUUGUCAUGGUGUUGUGCUAUAUUCCACAAAACGAUACUAGGACAUUUUACACGCUUUCUGCAAUUGUCCAUCCAGCAAAAUAAGUUGCUGAUCAGCAGCUUAUUUUUAAAAGUCUAUUUGUACUUUAGAAAGCUGCACAUGAGCAAUAAAAGAUGUGGUUAGAAAAGAUUGUCACCAACAUAUCAGCUACUGAGUUCCUUUUUCAGUAAAUUUUUAAUACAUUUUUAUGCCAGCAAAUUACUGGAUGAAAAAUAAAUGUAAUCAAUCAUUUCAUAGUAGAA